AAGUGUCCGGACUGGAAGGGGGUGAAAGUGUCCGGACUGGAAGGGGGGGUGAAAGUGUCCGGACUGGAAGGGGGGGGGAAAGUGUCCGGACUGGAAGGGGGGGGAAAGUGUCCGGACUGGAAGGGGGGGAAAGUGUCCGGACUGGAAGGGGGGGAAAGUGUCCGGACUGGAAGGGGGGGAAAGUGUCCGGACUGGAAGGGGGGGAAAGUGUCCGGACUGGAAGGGGGUGAAAGUGUCCAGACUGGAAGGGGGGUGAAAGUGUCCGGACUGGAAGGGGGUGAAAGUGUCCGGACUGGAAGGGGGGGGAAAGUGUCCGGACUGGAAGGGGGGUGAAAGUGUCCGGACUGGAAGGGGGUGAAAGUGUCCGGACUGGAAGGGGGUGAAAGUGUCCGGACUGGAAGGGGGGGAAAGUGUCCGGACUGGAAGGGGGGGAAAGUGUCCGGACU